GUGAGGCUGGUGCCAGCAUUAUUCGAGUGUCAAAAGAAGCUCGGAAGAGGUUCUUGGGCCCACUCCACCCAUCUUUCAACUUAGUGAAGAUCAUUCGGAUCUGCCUGUCCAAGACUGUGCCAGAGAAUGGGCAUGAGGUUGCAGCAGGACGUUUGGGUAUUUCCCUGACACGGGUCUCAGAUGGAGAAAAUGUGAUACUGUCAGACUUCAAUUCCAAGGAGGAGCUGAUCCAGGCCUGUGUCUGCAGCACCUUUAUCCCUGUCUACUGUGGGCUGAUACCUCCAACCUUGCGUGGAGUGAGAUAUGUCGACGGGGGGAUUUCUGACAACUUGCCACGAUAUGAGCUGAAGAACACAAUCACAGUGUCUCCAUUCUCAGGAGAGAGUGACAUCUGUCCACGAGACAGUUCCACGAACAUGCAUGAGCUGAGAGUCACCAAUACAAGCAUCCAGUUCAACCUUCGCAACCUCUACCGCCUCUCAAAGGCCCUGUUUCCUCCAGAGCCACAGGUGCUGCGGGAUAUGUGUAAGCAGGGCUAUCGGGAUGCACUGCACUUCCUGAAGAAGAAUGGUCUCCUUCAUCGUCCAAGUCCUGCCCGUCCUCUCCUUGCCAUAGAAGCCCCUCCAGGAGAGAAGACAGACAAAGAAACAGAAGCUGAGGACCAACUAGAGGACAGUACUGCCCUUGCUGUUGUUGAAGAGCACAUCUUUGAACACUUGCCUCCCAGGCUGAACCAAGCUCUUCUGGAGGCUUGUGCUGAAAGAAGAAGUUUCUUGACUGGCAUCACCAACAUGCUGCCUAUACGUGUGGCCACAGCAAUGAUGGUCCCCUAUAUGCUGCCUUUGGAGUCUGCAGUUUCCUUCACUGUCAGGUUGCUGGAAUGGCUCCCAGAUAUCCCUGAGGAUAUUAGAUGGAUGAGGGAGCAGAUGACUGAAAUCUGCAACUAUCUUGUGAAGAAAGCCAAGAAGAAACUGGGCAGCCAUCUUUCAGCCAGGCUUUACUAUCACCUCGAGCUUGGAGGGCCCCAGAGCCUGGCAAUUUCUUCCACAUCAGCUUGUGGUGAAGCACUGCCUAUGUGGAUGAGAAGCAACCGUUCUCUAUCUGAUGUCAUGAUGAAGUGGGAGGAGUACCAGCGCCAGCUCAUGCUGGGCUUACUCUGCAUCAAUGUGGACAUGCAGGCCUCGCUCUUCCCUCGGGAAGGGUUUCAGAUAAAGCUUCCACCUCUAGACUGUGCAAAAGAGUGCCUGCCACUCUUCUGAGCCUGCUGCUGUGAGGGGAUGAGGGUGGGUGGGAAGGGAGAGCAUGUAGGGUGGGACCAGUCUCAUCCCUCAGCAGCCAGCUGCCCUGUGCUCCUAAAUAUGCUGCAAAGGGGACUUCCCUGGGGAUGGAGACUGGUCAAAUUGAUUGUAGCCAUUUGUUGCCCACUGGGCCAGGCAAGGGAUCUCCAUGUUUGAAGAUACGUGUGGGCUGAUACCUUGCUCUAGACUUGUGUUGAAGCCUGGCCAUUGCCUGUGGCCAGGCUGAUGUCGACCCAGCUGGGCUCUCCCAAAUAAUGCACUUUGAAUUGCCAUUGGCUUUUUACCGCCAAAUGAUCAGGGUGUAGAUGAUGCUCUCCAGUUCAUACAGCUUUUAGUUUCCUUUGUUUUUUAGAGCAUGAGUCUUGUUUUUUCUUAAAUCAUCUGGCAUCCCCUAGCUCUUUGUGCUACUGAAAGAUGAAGUAACUUCUUGCCAAA